UGCGUUAACUGGAAAAUAAGGAGAAGAACCCUCGAGAGUUGCCGCCGCUGCCAUCUUCUCUCCCUAGCACCUCCUCUGUCAUCUUCUCUCCCUAGCGCCGCCACUGCCGCUGUUCAAUUAUCGCAUUCGUGGACUUGAGUUAUAAGUUCCUAAAGUCUGGUUUUGUAGUACUUGAAGAAAUGGUUGCCGGAAGAGCAAAAUUACUUGCAAUUUAGAAGGGCUCCGAUCGAUCUUGCUAAACAAUCAAUUACAGCUUUUGCAAAUCCGAAUUGCCAAGCAAAGCGGAACAAAAAGUCAAAAUCCCAAAACACGAAAGCCAUGGUAGUUGCGAGUUCCAAUCCCCACAACAAGGAGAUGCAAAUUCGUAGAAGAAUAAACAACAUAUACAAUAAAAGAGAAGAGGAUUUCCCAUCACUGAGAGAAUACAAUGAUUACAUGGAAGAAGUGGAAGAUAUGAUUUUUAAAUUGAUUGAAGGAAUUGAUGUUCAAGCUAUUGAAGAACAGAUUAGCAAGUAUCAGAAGGAAAAUGCUGAGCUGAUUAUGAUCAAUCAAGCUCGGAAGGCUGAAGAUUUAGCUGCAGCAAUGGCAGCAAGUAAGGGACUUGCUACGCAGGCCGAUACUGAUGGGAGCUCUCAAGCAGGGUUCGCAGCUAGUGCUCAAGGUCAAUAUGCACCAACAGUUGCUGGAGGGCAACCACGACCAACAGGCAUGGCACCACAACCUGUACCACUUGCCAGUGGGUUGGAUAUGCACGAUUAUGCUCUUGAUGAUGAGGAGAUGAUGAGGCACCGAGCAGAAAGAAGUGGAAGAGCAGGAGGAUGGAGUAUAGAGUUGAGCAAGAAGAGGGCGCUGGAAGAAGCCUUUGCAAGCAUAUGGGUUUGACGUUGUUGAUGAAAUAUCACCGUUUACUCCAUGCAAAUGUAGCUCGGGUUACAUUCUACCAAAUCUUGAUAUACUGCACGGGCCGUACGCCAACAUGGAUGGGGACUGUAAAACAAUUGUUUCUCUAUUUGUGAAUGUUGAAGUAACUCCGUAUUUGGUGCAACUUUGCUCAUCAUUGCAUGCUAUUAAUGCCAGGGUGACUUGUAAGGAGGUUUUGAAUGUAUGCAAAUUUCUGGAAUUCUGAUUCUUUCAUUUCAGGC